GAGUUUGUACAAGGCCUUUUGGACAAAAUUCGAGGAAUGCAGAAAUUGAGUACUCCACAGAAAAAAUGAAUCUUCACUAGCACAAGAAAAUGCAGGACUAUCAUUUAGUAUGACCAAUGAGCGAGUAGACAGCCGGCCGAUGGAGAAAAAAAAUGGCACAUUAAAGUCAGGGACUCCGAAACCUCGCUCUGUAGUCUGUUAAAGUUUUAUUUUUGUUUAGUUUUCGAGGAUGAUGGGUUUUAUGAGCAUGCCAUGUUUGUCCUUUUAAUUUUGUCUUUUUUUCUACUGAAUUUUUGAAACUGGAACAUUUUUUAACAAAAGAUUUUGUGCUUUUAUAUAACUUAAGUAAAUCCUAGCAAUAUAAGCUGGGUAAUUCUUUUGUAAUGCAUGAGGUGGGGUCACAACAGUUCUCUUUGGUGGCUGCCAUUCUUAUUUGGGGGAGGGGUGCUUCCUGGGGAGAAGGUGUCAUGUCUGCCCAUCCCAAAUUAACGUUAAUGGAGCAGUUCCUUGCAUCUCGUGCCUUGGCAUGUCAAUAUGUCAAACUUUUUUAUUUAUUUAUUUUUUAGUUUGUUUAGUGCAGCAGCACAAAUCUGUUCUACAUUUUUUUGGGGGGGGACAUCAAGGUGUACCCCACCCUGCGACUUUACUAAGAACUGAGAUGCAGAGUUAGUGUUUGGCGAACAAGCAUUUAAUCAGAUGCUGCACCAUGUAGUUUAAUUCUUAAACAGUGGACAGAUAUGUUGUGUAUUUUUUCAAUGAAGUGAUUUUUAAUUAAAGAAGAAAAGCAUUUGA